AUGGACAAUUUUUAAUAAAGAGAAACAUUUGGUCUAUUCUUGAGAUUUACCAGUAUCUGUCAAGUGAGAUGUGGAAUAUUGUCUGGGAAGGAUGAUGUUAUGACAAAAGAAAAUCAUUAAUGUCUUGGUAUGAAAUGAUUUGUGAUUUUAGAAAAAUGUAUAAAUCAUCAAGUGGACUCUUUCAAGAAAGUGUAAGAUGCUUACAAAUGA